CAUGGCCCGGGUGGAACCAGAUCAACAUCGGCUGGAACACACAGACUCUUGCCCUCGCUGAAGGCUGUUUUCCUGACUUUCUCUGUGGCCUUGGGUGGGGAAACUGAGGAAAAGCAAUACAGUGAUUUGCCUAAGACUGCAGAGAGAACCUGUGGCAAAGCGGGGACUACAGUGCAGAAGGGCCAGGUUCUUAGCCACAUGCUCGGGCCACGGGAGCACAGUGCUUGGUUGUGACUGGGGGACGACAACUGGAAAAAGGCAGUCUCUCUAGCUGAGAGUAGAAGAACUGGACAUGGACAAUAAUAUAGCUGAAUACCAUGUCAGUGUCAUAAAGAGUCCGCACGGGUGGGAAAUAGGCAUCUAUGUAACUGGCGCACUUGUUCUGCUGGGAAUAGCUGCACUAAACCUCUGGAAACUAUGGAAGUCUGGGAAUUAUCCAACUCCGUCUCCAUUUCCCAACUACAACUACCGAUACCUGGAACAAAAGUACGGGACUGCGUAUUCAGACAUCAAACACAAGAGAGGGGGAGCCUCAAACUUCCGAAAGGCAAUGGAAAGGACGUCUCCUGUCCGCAAGCCGAGCCUGAAGAUGGAUGACACCUUUGAGAACAUCAAUGAGCUGGGUACCUUAGAGUUAAUGAGCAAAGACCUAGAUCUGGGUCCAUUUGGGCCACUGAAGAAAUCCGUGUCCACUGACUCCCUCAGCUCCAUCUCCUCCAUCGGGAAUAACUUUGGCCAAGACUUCACUGUAGGCCAGGUGGAAGUCAACAUGGAAUAUGAUGUGUUCUCCAACACGCUGCACGUCACGCUGCUGCAAGGAAAGGACCUCCUGGAGAAGGAGGACGUCAAUUUUGAGUCUUGCUUUGUGCGCAUCAGCUUGCUCCCAGAUGAACAAAUCAUUGGCAUUUCCAGGAUUCAAAGGAGUGCCUUUUCUGUCUUCUUUGAUGAGAAGUUUUCCAUCCCCUUGGACCCGUCUGCUCUGGAGGAAAACAGCUUGAGAUUUUCUGUCUUUGGCAUUGAUGAGGACGAGAGGAACAUCAGCACCGGGGUAGCAGAGCUGAAGCUGUUGGACUUGGAUCUGGCCAGCCGCCCAUUCAAUGCUUGGCUCUAUCUGCAGGACAUGAACAAGGCAGUUGAUUCAGUGGGAGAGAUCCUGCUGUCUCUUAGUUACCUACCCACAGCGGAGAGGCUGACGGUCGUAGUGGUUAAAGCCAAAAACCUCGUGUGGACCAACAGCAAAAUGACAGCAGAUCCUUUCGUCAAAGUGUACUUGCUUCAGGACGGGAGGAAGAUCAGCAAGAAGAAGACAGCUGUGAAGAGAGAUGACACAAAUCCGGUGUUUAACGAGGCCAUGAUUUUCUCAGUGCCCGCAAUCGUCCUACAGGAUCUGUCUCUCCGGGUGACGGUGGCAGAGUGUUGCGAAGAUGGGAGAGCGGAAAACAUUGGCCAUGUCAUCAUUGGCCCAUCGGCCAGCGGCAUGGGCAUCACGCACUGGAACCAGAUGUUGGCCACCUUAAGGAAGCCGGUGUCCAUGUGGCACCCAGUUCUACGAAACUAAGGGCAAAGUUACACUCUGCGAGUAUCUUGCAUGGUGCCUAGACUUCCCAUAAUCAAAUAUUCUUGGCAAAUGGACAGCGGUACGUGGGACAUAAACUAUUUUUCCAAACGUUCUUCACAAGUUCCAUUUAGUAAGAAGGAGCAGCAGGGGAAGUCACUGAAUCAGAUCCUUAAGAAAGCUUCAGUGGACCAAAACCUGAGAGAAGAAGCAACUCAAGUGUGAUUAUGCGCAGAAGUGGCUUCCGGGCAAACACUUCCUCCCUAGCACUUCCUUUCGAGUGACCCCUGCUUGGGAGUCCCAUUAUCCCUAAUUGUCUGUGAUCUUAUUUUCCAGUGAACAUUGCACAAUAGAGCAUGGUCUGUUCACUGACUUAAGAGGGUUGGGGUAAAUUUGUGAACUCGCACCCACGGUGAACUUAACCGCACAGAUUUUCAAGACAGAGCCCAGGGGGAGUUUAGCCACAUGGAUUUUCAUCUGCAUGAUGGCCAGGCUGGCAUUUAACCACCGGGUGUUUUCAGUGCAGGGUCCAAAGAGAAAUUUAUGGUUUUAAUACAGUGCUGUCCUGACAAUAGUGCCCUCUCCAUGAGGGGUCCUUUGGUUCCUCCUCUGGAUGGCUUCCCAUUAAAAACUUGAGUUCAGGCGCAGUGAGCAGCCCCAUUAGUAGCAGGUGCUUAUCUUCCCCGUCUGACUACUGGACAUUCUGAGCUAAACUGUGAGCAGAGGGAAUACAGAUGUUGGCAUUUUUAAUAAAAGAACAGCCUUAAAAAAAAAAAAGAUAUUUUCCAAAGCAUAAUAUGAACCUAAAGGAGAGUUCCUUUAGGAAGAAUUCAUACUGCACUUUACCAUUUCAAUGAACUCCCUCUUUUCCACAGCCCAUUCUCUCAAAGGCUCGAUUCUGCAAGUCAGUUGAAGCUGAGGGCCCUCAGCACCUUGGAUUCUUGGAUUUUGGGGGCCUCCAUGUUUGAGGUUGGCUGAAAUUCUUCAAAUUUCAAUUAAAAAUGUCAUCAAAAUCUGACUCGGAAAAAAUGGAGAUGGUGGUGGAAUUUGAUAACAUAUUUGGUGACUCCUGUUUUUUUGACCAACUAUGGAACAGGGUAAAACGUUUUGAAUUUCAAAUGCCAGCCAGAAAAGUGGGGGAAAUGUCUACUCACAAAACAGCUGAUUUCUUUUUUUCCUCCUUCUGUUUUCCAGCCAAUUCUAGAGUCCAACUUGAGACACAUUGGUGCCAAUUUCCAGAGCUCCUGAGCUUCUGCAGAUCUUCACUUGGGAUUGUGGGUUCUCAGCACCUCUGGAAGCCAGGCCCACAAGGUCUCGUAUUGGGCACCCAACAGAGUAGGCCUCAGUUUUUACUCAGUCCCCACCUAAAGAUCAAGUUGCGGUCAAGAUUAGCACAUGCCAUCUUAUCGCAGCCUCAGCUCAACCACUCUUCCUAGUCAAGAUAAACCCAGGGUUGCCAGAUAUCACAGUUGUGUUGCAAAUUUCAUCAUAUUUGGUUUUUUCUGUAAAGCCUCAGAUCUUGGAAUCAUGUUGUUACUUGCUAAUCUCACUUAAAACAAAAACAACAAACUAACUAACCAAAUUAAGCGUCUAGCCCUCAUGAUAAUGGAGAAAAGCUUGAAAACAUGAGCACUCAGGGCUCAAACACCACAACGCAAAUGUAAAGAACCCCAAAGGUAUUAUUUUUUAUAAAAUAUCAUGGUAUUUCAGCCAAUCGUGUGAUUUUUGGGACAGGCACCUGAUUCUCAGUUUUGAAUUUAGGAGUUGGGAAAAGUUCAGUCUCAUUGGGGACAAUUGGUGUUUGUUUGCU